CUUGUCGUCUCUCUCUCUUGCGCGCGCACAAGGUAGCAGACGGGCAGUAUCGAUCUCUCGGCGCGAGACACGCGUGCGCGCGUCUUCGACGCGAGGAGGACCACAUCGGAGAGGGGUAGGCCGUUGUCAUUGUCGGCGCGUCUUUCGCGACGUAUCCGCGGUGCUGGCGAGACAGGGUGAUAUCGGAUAAUCCGAAGGAGAAAAAGUGACAAGAGAGAAGAACACCAAAAUUCCGAGAGUGUUUUAUAGUGACAAACUUUAAAUUUCGUGCUUCCUUUCGAGAGAAGAAAAAAGGACAUCUUUUUAUUGAUUCAUUAAUUAUUUAUUUUCCUUUUUUUUUUUUUUGAUCCAAGUAACAAACGAAGAAGUAGAAAAGGAACGAUUCAGAAAAAAAAGAAAGAAAAAGGAAAGGAAAAGGAAGAAGAAGAAACGAAGGACGCCCGGCGUCGGUGACGCCAUUGCAUAUUUCCUCUCUCUCUCUCUCUUUCUCUUUCUUUCUUUCUUUCUGUCUGUCUGUCUCUCUCUUUUUCGUCACUCGAUAAGAACGAGAGUAAGAGCGAGAGAGCGAGAUAAAUGCAGAGAAGCUUUAACCUUCUAGCUCGAGAACCGAUCGAUCGAGAGCGCGCAACGUACAGCACACAACGAAGCUCUUUUUUCGGUCGGGCGAAAGUUUAAGGCCGUGCUCAGCGCCGAUGGACGGGCGCCGUUCGUAGAUUCAGGAAGCAAGGCGAUUGGUUCGCGCAACGUUCUCGACCGUUUCUCGGGCCAAUCGCCUGCCUCGUCUACUAACCCUUUCCGCCCUUUUUUGUUUUUGUUUUUUUUUUUCUUUGCUCUUUCAUUUUUAUUUAUUUAUUUUUUUUUUCAAUCUCGACAUCAUCUCGAAAAGGACAAAUUUUUAUUAUCGACAAAGAAAAGAUGAGUCUCCUGUCUUCCAGCAUCGGCAGCAUUCGCUGCCUAGCGGAUGAGGAAGCUGAUAACAACAUGCUUCAGGAUCUUCAGUUAGCAGCGGAACUCGGCAAGACUCUGUUGGAACGGAAUAAGGAACUCGAGAAUAUAAUCAAAAUUCAUCAGUCCACGAUCGAAGAACAAGCGCAAGAGAUAGAAUAUAUGAAGAAGCAAACUGCCGCAUUGAGGGAAGUCAAUGAUUCGCGUCUUAAGAUUUACGAACAAUUAGAAGUCAGUAUACAAGAUUUGGAGCGUGCCAAUCAUCGUCUGGUCGUCGAGAAUACUGGCGAUAAAAAGCUGAUAAAAAACCAAUGCUUGACCAUCGAAAAUCUCGAGACACGAUGCGAGGAGAUGCAGAAGAAAAUCGACGAUCUUACAUCACAGAGAGAAGUAUUGCUUCGUCAGCAAACAGCGAAUCAAAAUCCUACCGUCGUUCAAGUGCAAUCGGUUUCUUGGAAGGCAGCGGUAACGCCUGGUGGCAGCAUACGACAGAGCGCUGCCCCGAGUUCACCGAGCGUUUUUCAAGAAACCGGUAACGAUUCUAACUUACAACAAAUUGUAACGUCAGCCUCCAGCGAAGAAGAACUGACGGAUCUAUUGAUUCAAUUACAAGAGGCUCGUAGUCAAAGAGCUAGAGAGCAAAAAAAAGUUGCUGAGCUUGGUCAGCAAUUGACAACAUUGUUACAAGAAAACAGUACUUUGGAAGAACAAUUGACUUUUUGGCGUAGCAAAGCACAGGACGUGAAGAAUUUGCAAGAUGAAAUAAAUACCCUCGAGGAAGUUAGACGGGGCCAAUUAUGCGGACGUUGUCUUCGUGGAAUGGACACCAGAAAUCAUGAUGAAUUAUCCGUUCUGGACGGAGAGGAGUACGAUGACAUUAGUAUAGCAGGUUCGCUCAUUAACGAACAAACUGAUCCUGAGCCAGCUGUACAGGAAACUUGCAACAACAAGACAGGGGCGACGAGCGAGGUAAAUAGCAACCCGUACAGAGAAUUGGUCGAAAAGUAUCAGGCGUUAUUGGAAGUCCAGAGAUUAUCGGCACCUCGUAGGAAGAACAGCAUUCCAACGAUCGGUGGUUGCAUGUCGCUUCAAGAGGAACUCGAGAUGUCAGGGGAGUACAAUUGUUUCCAGAAUCCAUCGGUGGAGAACGAGUUGCAACAGGAGGGUGGAGUAAAGUCUGGAAUGAUCGGUAACAAUGUCGGUGGCGGUAGACGCGGUAAAGGAGACAAUAUCGGGAAGAAAGCGUUUUCCGCAACACCGACAGACUUUUCCGAGGCGGAAACAUCGUCUUCCGGUUUCUCGGACGAAACGAGUAACAAGGCAACGCAGACGGACGGUAGACCCGGUUCGUUCCUCUGCUCGAUCGCCGAUGGCGAGGAUUGCAAGUUUAGCAUUUAUGAUGACAACAGUCCGUUCGAAAGUAGGUUUAGAAAGACCCCGGAAUAUAGACAAAUUUUCAGCGAGAUCUUUCGCGUGUUGAAACGAGCUGCCGAGGCAAAGGACGAAGGUGAAAAGUUACCUUUGUUGGACGAUCAAACGAAUAGCAGUAGCAACGUUACUAGCAAUGGCAACGACAGUACUCGUUCAGAAAAUCAUAAUGGAAUUAGGAAUCUCGGGCAAGAGGACGUACCGAGCGAGACGACGGAUGACAAUCAGAGCGUCAUGUCGUCGGUCAUUUCCUCGGUCGUCUCGGAGCCACCUUAUAAGAUGCAAACGCCAGUAUCGUCGAAGGAAUCUGCGAAGAAGGAGUCUAACGAUAAAUCUCAGUCGGACGUUGGGAAGACCGAGAAUAAUAGGGCGGCGACCAAGCUCGAUUUCGUUUCCAUAAACGUGCACGUUAAAAAGAACAGGUCGUCCGCGAAAAAGAACGCCGCGAAGAAGUUGGCAUUCAACGAACGUCCGAAAACACCGAACAUCGUGCCAACUACGAAUCCUACCUUCGUCCAAGCCAAAUCCAACAGCGGCGGUGGUAGACGAAGGUUCAGAGCUUUGACCCCGGUCGAACAGGACGGUAGCAACGUUUGGAACAAUGGCUCUCAAUAUAAUCAGUCGAAAACGAGAGAAUCGCCGAGCACGGUUAGGAAGUCGCAGACCUUCGUAAAUCGUAACGCGACCGAGCAAAAUAGUCAUUCCUUCGAGUAUAGCGAAUAUAAACCUAGCACAGCCUCCGAGGAAGUUGCUAAAUUAAAACGUCUCGAAUUGUCUUAUGCCGAGGUUCUUAGAAUGCCAAACAAGUCCAAAGCGAAUCAUCAUAGAAGUUAAAUUAUUGUAACUCGCCAAAACGCAAAGGGAAAACAAAGAGAGAAAAAAGAAGACGAAACAACAAACGGUUUAAGAAAGAGAUUUCUUUUUCUAUGUAAAAACCAAGUGAGAUUAUGUUCAAAGGUUCGUUAGGUUUAGAAUAAAGGAGCGUAUUAAAGGAAGAACUAACUUAUUUCGUAUUUGUGUGAUGGUACAGUAUUGAAGAAAACUCUUUUAAAUUAUAGGUACAUUUUGUAUAUAUACAUUUCGAUCGAUUAAGUAAUAAUAACUGUGUCGUAUUAGAGAGAACAGCGGUUCGUAUUAAUUUUUAAGUAUCUUUUGUAUCUAUAUCGCCUAUUUUCAUAAAGUUCGUUUUUACGAGAUCCCGGCACACGCGACACUUUAAGUAAUUUUUAUCGAAUGAACGUUCCAUUGGCCCGGGCCGCGAUACGAUGAGAAGGGAAGGAGGGAAAAAAAAUUUAAGAAAAAAAACGAAAAAAAAAAAGAAAGAAGGAAGUGACAUUUACGCUCGAAUUCUGUUCCAUUUUAAGAAUUAACCCCGUCUCAAAAUGCAGAAGUGCUAAAACGACUAACGUGCCAUUUGUUACAUCAAAUUGUAAUCGUAAAAGUACUACAAUAUUUCGACGAGUUUUUAGACGUGCGAGAUUACCCAUGAGAGUCUCUCGUGCAUGAGAGGACUCGCAUGUACGUACGAUAUGUUUAGCUUUUACAUUUAAAUAAUAAACGGUCUACGAUAUUACGAGAUCAUCAUCAAGAAACCAUCUUCGUCGUCAUCGUCUUGUAAGAAUCUAAUAAAUUCUUUGUCGAUGCAAUCCCACA